UUGAGUUUAUUAUUCAGCAUGAGCUUAAUAUUUUUGAGCUAUACUUUCAAGUCGUUAUCACUAAUCUGAUAUCUCAUAGGAUAGAAUUCAUCAUUGCAGAUAAUACAAAUUUCUAGAAAAAUCGAUUCAACCAUGAGCAUCGUUGAAAGUCGGUCCAUUUCAAAGCCACCAUACUUCGAUGGCAAAAAUUAUGCGGAAUGGGAGAAGAGUAUGAUGAUAUACAUACAAUCUGUGGACUUCAAACUUUGGCUUGUGAUCAAGAAUGGACCAAAAGUUCCGAAGAAAACAAUAGACGGUAAAGAAUGUGAGAAAUCUGAAGAUGAGUACAAUGAUGAAGACAUGAAGAUGAUGGAACAAGAAGCAAAAGCAAAACAUAUUUUAUGUUGUGCCUUAAAUCCAUUUGAUCUUAAAAGAGUUUCAAGUUGCAAAACUGCAAAGGAAAUGUGGGACAAGGUUGAAAAUAUAACUGAAAGACUUAUAAGUCUCAAAGAUUUCUUGUUUCUGUUACCGCCUUCAUUUCAAAGGAAAUUGAAGGCUCAUGAAAGUUUUCUAAAGGCAGUAUCAGGAGUACAAGACCAAGCAGAGGCAGCUCCCAACACUUCUAACGCAGUGAUUUCGGAAGAAACAAAUGUUGAUCUUGAGAAAGGGGUUUCCAACCUUUGUGUUUCCAUUGAGAAGCUUGCAUUAGAAGGGAAUUGGCAAGAAGCAAAGGGCAUGAUAGAAAAGGAAAAAAAGUUGAUAAAUGCUCCCAUAACAACUGGGGAGUUUAGACUACUUCAUAUUGCAGCAGCUGCGAAUCAAAUUGAAUUUGUGAAGCAACUAUUGAAAAUGUUGAAUAAUAGUGAUUUGGAAUUGACAGAUAUCAACGGCCAUACUGCUUUCUGUUUUGCUGCUGCCGCUGGAAACAUAAAAAUUGUUGACUUAAUGCUUGAAAGAAACGACAAGUUACUAACAAUAAGGGAUCAUAAAAAUUAUACUCCUAUUCAGAAUGCUGCUCUACUAGGAAGAUGCAAAAUGACAUGGCAUCUAUAUGAUCAAUCGGUACAUUGUUUUGAUGAAAAGGAUUGGAAAUUAUUAUUCUUUACUUGUAUCGACGCUGGCAUCUAUGGUAAGUACUACUAACAAUUCUAAUUCAUUAUUUUUCUCCAAAACCGGCAGGUUUUUUAAAUUUGGAGAUAGAUGGUUACGACAAGGUUAGUUGGAAUUUUUUGAGAUAUAUGCUUAAAUGCAUGGGGUUCGGAGAUAGAUGGUUGAAAUGGAUGGAAUUACUUGUCUUUAAUAGUAAUAUCUCGGUGUUAGUCAAUGGUUGCCCAACAAAGGAGUUUGUGGUGAGUAGAGGUUUAAGACAAGGAGAUCCUCUUUCUCUUUUUCUCUUUGUUAUUGUGGCGGAGGGAUUGUCGGGUCUUGUGAGAAAAUCUAUUGAGGUGGGACAUUUUCAAAGCUUUUCGAUUAAUGGUUCUUGUUCGGUGGAUAUGCUUCAAUUCGCGGAUGACACCUUAAUUGUAGGGGAGAGUAAUUGGAAUCAUGUGUGGGCUUUAAGGGCGGUGCUUCGGGCCUUUGAACUUGUGUCGGGACUUGGAAUUAAUUACCACAAAAGCAAGUUGAUAGGUAUUAAUUCUAAUAUUCACUUUUUAGAGGCGGUUUCUCAUUUCUUCUCUUGUAAAUUAGAAGAUAGUAACUUUUAUUUUCUUGGUAUUCCAAUUGGUUUCAACCCGCGGAAAGAAGCUACGUGGAUUCCUCUCUUGACUAAGUUAAAGAAUCGUUUGGAAGGGUGGUCGAAUCAGUUUCUAAACUUAGGUGGUAGGAUUACUCUUUUAAAGUCCGUUUUGAGUUCUUUGGCUAUUUUCACUUUAUCAUUCUACAAGAUUCCGAGAAAGGUGGCUAUGAAGAUCACUAGUAUUCAAAGCAAAUUUCUAUGGGGAGGAGUAGAGGAAAAAAGAAGGAUUCAUUGGGUUAAGUGGGAUGAUGUCACUCUUCCCUUGCAUAAAGGGGGACUUGGAGUCAAAAACAUUAAUUUAUUUAACAUGGCUCUCCUUAACAAGUGGAGAUGGCGGAUUGUUCAAGGUCAAGACUCUUUGUGGUUUAAAAUUUUGCAAGCGCGGUAUGGAGAUGUUUCCUCCAAUAUGUUCGGAGGAGGUGGAAAUAACAAGAAAGCCCCAAAAAUUUCUUUUUCUUUCCGUGACCCCAUUGUUGAUUCAUGUAGGUUCUCCGUUCAUAAUGGUUUCUCAAUCCCUUUUUGGGAGGCUAGGUGGUUGAACGACACUUCUUUGAAAGACUUGUUCCCGGAUUUAUACGGCAUAUCUCGGUUAA